AUGAGCGAAUCACUUGCGCAUCGACAUCCAUCACUUAACGAUAAAAUGAUCCCGCGUGUGACGAGAUUGUCUACGCGUCUGCAAGCAAGACGCUUACCAAGCAUUACACAGCCCAGGCUGCGCAAAUUGGCCACUUCGGUGCAAGAGGAUGACGGAUUCGCUGGUGCAAACGCCUUCUACGUUGAGCAGAUGUACAGGCAUUGGAAGGAAGACCACUCCUCUGUUGACGAGAGCUGGGAUGUGUACUUCAACAGCUUGGAUGGAAAACCUCCCGUUCCUUCAGUAUCUGCCGGUGCAGGCGUAGGUGCGAUCAAGGAGCCACCAAACCAAGCAUUCGUCAAUACUCCAUUAGAUGUUCCAAAGACUGACUCAAAUAGCCUGACUGAUCACCUCAAAGUUCAGCUUUUGGUUAGAGCUUUCCAAGUCCGUGGCCACAUACUCGCAAAGACUGAUCCACUCGGUAUCGUUGAGCCUGAAAGACAAUUGAACAUGCCAUCAGAGUUGGAGCUUACCCACUACGGUUGGUCUGAAUCUGAUCUCGAUACCAAGCAAUUCGACCUCGGUCCAGGUAUUCUUAAGCGCUUCACUGACACUGGAAAGUCCAGAAUGACCCUGCGUGAAAUUUACGACCUCUGCAAGCAGAUUUACUGUGGUCCCAUUGGUUCUCAAUACGUUCACAUACCAGAAAAGGACCAAUGCGAUUGGAUUAGAGACAGAAUAGAAUCCCCACAGCCUUGGAACUUUUCCUUGGAAGAAAAGAGAAUGGUUUUGGAUAGACUCGUUUGGUCUGAUUCUUUCGAACGUUUCAUCGCUACCAAGUUCCCUAAUGAAAAAAGAUUCGGUUUGGAGGGUUGUGAAUCACUUAUUCCUGGUAUGAAAGCAAUUAUUGAUCGCUCUGUUGAGCACGGUGUCAAGUCUGCCGUGAUUGGUAUGCCACAUCGUGGUCGUUUGAACGUUCUCGCCAACGUUAUUCGUAAGCCAGGUGAAGCUAUUUUCAACGAGUUCUCCCCAGUGGCAUCAGCUGACGAUGAAUCUGGCGGUGGUGACGUUAAGUACCACUUAGGUGCAAACUACGUUCGUCCAACACCAUCGGGCAAAAAGGUUUCGCUCUCACUUGUUGCCAACCCAUCUCACUUGGAGGCUGAAGAUCCUGUUGUCUUGGGUAAGACCCGCGCAUUGCAAUUCUUCGAUGGUGAUAAAGAAAGACUCUCUGCUAUGGGCAUUCUUCUCCAUGGUGAUGCUGCAUUCUCCGCUCAAGGUGUUGUUUAUGAGACUCUCGGUUUCCACUCUACCCCAGGAUAUGGUACUGGUGGUACGAUUCACAUCUGUAUAAACAACCAAAUCGGUUUCACCACUGACCCAAGAUUCUCACGCUCAACACCUUACCCAACUGAUGUUGCCAAAUUCAUUGAUGCACCAAUCUUCCACGUCAACGCUGAUGAUCCAGAGGCAGUCGUUUUCAUUUGUCAAUUAGCAGCAGACUGGCGUGCCAAGUGGAAGAAGGAUAUUGUUAUCGACUUGGUUUGCUACCGUCGUCACGGUCACAACGAGACUGAUCAACCUGCUUUCACACAACCACGUAUGUAUCAAGCUAUUUCUAAGAAACCAAACAUCCUCGACAUUUACGUCGAUUAUCUUCAAAAUGAGGGUACAUUUACUAAGCAAGACACGGAUGAGCACAAGAAAUGGGUGUGGCAGACUCUUGAGAAGUCAUUCCAGAACUCAAAGGAAUACAAGCCAAGUCCGAAAGAAUGGCUUUCAUCGUCUUGGGAUGGAUUCCCAACACCUUCAGAGCUUUCACAACUUGUUCUUCCAGUAAAUCCAACUGGUGUUCGUGAGGAUAAGCUGGUUGAUAUUGCUAAGAAGCUUGGCAACUUGCCAGAAGGUUUCACUGUACAUCGCAACUUGAGCCGUGUGCUUAAGAACAGAGAGAAGAUGGUUGAAGAGGGCAAGGGUAUUGACUGGUCAACAGCUGAAACACUCGCGAUGGGUGCACUGGCUACAGAGGGUAACCACAUCAGAUUAUCAGGUCAGGAUGUCGAGAGAGGUACAUUCUCGCAACGUCACUCUAUUAUCCACGAUCAAAAGACGGGUGAAGCCUUCAUGCCAUUGAACCACCUUGGUGAGAAGCAAGCACCGGUCACUAUAGUUAACUCAACAUUGUCUGAAUUUGGUGUUCUUGGGUUUGAGCUCGGAUACUCGCUUGUCUCUCCAGAUUCUCUUACCAUUUGGGAGGCGCAGUUUGGAGAUUUCGCUAACAAUGCACAAUGUAUGAUUGAUCAGUUCAUUUCAUCAGGAGAGAGGAAGUGGUUACAGCGCACAGGUUUAGUACUCUCACUUCCACAUGGAUAUGAUGGACAAGGACCGGAGCAUUCAAGUGGUAGAAUAGAGCGUUUCCUGCAGCUCUGCGACGAUAAUCCACUUAUAUUCCCAAGUGAAGAGCAACAAAUCAGACAGCAUCAAGAUUGUAAUAUGCAGGUAGUGUAUCCAACGACGCCAGCUAAUUACUUCCACGUCCUUCGUCGUCAAGUGCAUCGUGGAUUCCGUAAGCCAUUGGUGUUGUUCUUCGCCAAGAGCUUAUUGCGUCACCCAAUGGCUAGAUCGGACUUGAGUGAGUUGAGCGGUGAUACAAGUUUCCAACGUUACUUGCCAGACCCACAUCCAGAUCAUCUGGUUGCACCUGAGCAAGUGCGUCGUCACAUACUGUGUUCUGGACAAGUUUAUCACACGUUAAUAAAACACCGUGAUGAGAAGGGAAUAAAGGAUGUGGUAAUCUCACGUCUUGAACAGUUAUCACCAUUCCCAUAUGACAUGAUUAAGCCAAACUUGGAUAAGUAUCCAAAUGCUGAUUUAUACUGGUGUCAAGAAGAACCAGUGAAUAAUGGAGCGUGGUCAUAUGUGUCGCAACGACUUAUUACGCUGGUUGACAACACUGAACAUCACAAAGGUAAGGUACCAUUAUAUGCGGGUAGACCACCAUCAUCUUCAGUUGCAACUGGAUCCAAGGCAUCGCAUAAGUCUGAAAUAGAGAAUUUCUUGAAUGAUGCUUUCAAGGAGUGA